GGACAUCGAUUCACGCAGCCUUGUCCGCGAAUCUAUGUCGCGAACGGACUGAAAACUCGGAUUAUUUUAUCGUUUUUGUUGAAAAUUCCGGUGAAAAUUUCUGUUUUCCGAUGAAAGAUCGGUGGGACAGUGGCACAGAGUGCAGUUUGUGAUUGUGGCAUGAACGGGGUUUGAGUUUUUGUGAAGGUAUCGAUUCAAAACAUCUUAUUGUAACGGCGGUGGUGGUGCCAGUUGACAGAACCGCUUCAGCUCUUAUCUCAUGAGACAGAAGGGCCUCGUUCACUACUGAACAGCAAAGGGGGUGGUGCAGCUCGGUGAUGUUAACCAAAUGAAUAAUACUAGUUCCGUCGUCUGCUGAACAUCGAUUUUGGAUCAUUUCUCCAUCCCAACGGACUAUAUAUCAUUAUGCUGUAGGCGGGGUUGAGGGGGUGACACCCCCUCUUGACCGGCGCCGCCACUACGGAUCACCACGGCGACCGUCACAGAUGUCCUGACUUCAGGCCAGGACCACCAAAAUGCCAGCAGAGGACGACUAUAGCCGAAGACAGAUCCUGCAACAUUCUACACCUGUUUCCCCGUCCCCUGCAAUCCGGCCUCAGUACCAUACGUCUAAUUGCGUCUCAGCUUAUUCUCCCGAUCGCUAUCCUAACAAUGUGCAUUGCGAUAGAUACGCGGCAGGUUACGCACCCGAUCGCAACCAAUCGGAGCGCUACAGCGGAGACAGGAACCAACCGGAUCGUUUCGCCGCCGAGAGGAACCAGCCGGACAGGUUCGGACCGGGUCGGAACCAAUCGGAUCUCUUCGGUGCCGACGCUGGACGUUCGGAACGGUUCGGAUCGGAACGGAGCCAGUCGGAUAGAUUGCCGAGCGGGGAGAGAUACCAAGGAGUGUCGGAAAGAUAUCCAUUGGGGGAAAGACCGCAGACUUCUAUAUCUUCCGAUAGGCUGGUUGCGAAUCAGGUGGCCCAAGCUUAUCAAGCAGAUAAUAGAUUCAUCACAUACCACCGAUAUCCAGAAAGGUUCGCACCAGCAGGAAGCCUCGAAAGACCACACGCAAACAAUGACAGAUAUUCAAGAACUGUCACGCCUACCUCGACCGACAGAUACAACACUCUUUCAACUGAUAAGGGACGAAAAACUCCCGAGAGGUACCUCGACAGAUACCACACAAUAUCCCACGAGAAAGACAGAUGUAAACCGGAAAGAUACGCUCAAACGGAACAGUUCAAUAUGCACGGAGACAAGGAUAGAAAAGGAUCGGGAGAUCGGUACAUACUUCAAGGUGACGUCAUCGUCGACCGACAAACGUCAACAUCGGAAGUGUGCUACGGCAACGAUCACCACAAGGGAGAUAAGAGGGAGAGGUCAGGAUCUGGCGACAGAAAAUCGAGACAUCAAUAUCAACACGACCAGUUUCUUCCUGAUACUUACCAGAGUGAUAGGUAUCCUCCUAUACCUUGCCCUGAACGGUUUGCAACGGAAAACGGAUACAGCGAAUCGAACUAUUUGGAACCUCCUUCUCCCGCUCCUGCUAGCGAUAGGUUCAUCCCGCCACCGCCUCUUUCUCCAGGCAGCACACCGACCACUCCCAAUUGCUUUACCAACAGUCAUUUCCCACCUUCUACCACAGUACCCGAUAAGUUCAUUCCACCACCACCACUUACAACUACGGAUACCAUGGAAACGUUCCCUUCGGGGAAAAAUGAAAAGAGCUACCAAUAUCCCCACCACGACAGGUUCAACCAACAACAGCAACAGCAGCACAGGUACGGUGAGGUGCAGUAUGGUGCCGAUAGGUACAAAGUGAGCAGUGAAGGUUAUCAUGGUCCUAGCGAUAAGUAUGUGAGUAACGAAAGAUACGAAAUGGGCAGGUAUGGUCCGCAGAAUCCGCAUAUGCCGGUCGAACGCUACGUUCCUCAGCAACAACCAGAGGACUAUUACGGUUUCCAGUACGACAGGUACUCGGUGAAGAUCAACGCCAACGAUCCUUACAUGAGGAGAGACCUGUCGAACCUCCAAUAUAGGAUUCCCUUCCAGAACCAGUACCAGAAAGUUCGGUAUAUCGGUACCCCGAGCAGGACCAAGUGCUGCCAGUACUCGGAAGGGUACCACCUGUCGAAAUCGAGUCCCGGUUCUAGCUCCAGCAGCUCCGUGGCCAGCCAGAACAAGGAGCACCAUCCCAAGGAGGGAGCCGUGGCUGUAGCGCCACCCUGUGUCAAUAAUGUAAAUGUCAGUCUUCAAGAUAUUCAGUGCCAAAACUUCAAACAAUCAAAUUACCCGCAGGAGAAGGUAAGCCAGUGCGUCGGGGUGUGCAGCAGUUCGAAAGAAUGUCUUGCCUUCGUGUCGCCGAAUCUGAGGGUGGCAAGCAGAGGACAGUGCAGACACAGCAUCUGUGUGAAUCCCUCGGUGGAGUACGUAGCGAGUAACGGGACUAGACGCGUGUGUGCCACCCCUCCUCCGAGAGGUACUAUUUGCUCGCAGGACUGUACGAAAUACAAUGAAACUUGUUGUGCAAGAGCCAGGGGACAGACGUCUUUUACUGUCGCUAUAUGGCGGUCUUCACCGGCGCAAAUGAACCAGGGCCAGCCGCAGCAACCCCAGGCGCAGCCACAGCAAGAACAAUCGGCGGCGGCUGCCGCCUCCAGCAGCAGCAGCAGCAACGUCAACCAGGCCGCCGACAAUGACCAGACGGCGGAAGCGUCGAUCGCAUCGAAUGACUCCAAAACGACGGUGCAGACCACCCCUCAGCCCCCCAUCGUGAGGACCACUGCACAAUUGCCGGUGCAUUCCAGGGCGGUGUCGAUGCCGGCGUCGUCGACCGCCGACGUCGACAGGAUCCAGAGGCCGCCGAAGAACAGGGGCGGCGUCAACUAUUCGCAGAGCGAGAGGAUACCGAACAGGCCGACCCUGGAGAGAUCGGUGUCGAAGAAGGAGAUGAUCAAGAAUUAUAUCAAGAAGGAGACGGCCACGUUUUUCGGGGUCGGGGAGGAUAACGAGGCCGAACAGCAUAAUCUGUGGUUGGACAGGAGGAAACGGAUGGCUUCUAGAGCCUACGGACCGCUGAAAGAAGAAUAUCGCGCUUCAACACUACGCGCCCACAGGCGAACAGUAUCGGAAUUACCAACACGAACGACAGCCACUUCCGGCCAACUUAUAGCAGAAAGACCUGAUGUUUUGCCAGGGCCCAGUGACGUACCAGACGGGGAUGAAGUUUCCAGAAAUGUUACCCUUAGGAGGAAGGAAUCUGUGGCUAGGAUGACUUGGGAUGGAUUGAGCUAUGUUGUAACGACAUUAACGAGACAGAGGCCAAGACCACGGUCGCAAAACAACCAAUGGUCUCGAAGUUUUCCAGCUGAUGUGCCUGCUCAGGAGCCAGCAGGCGAAGAUGACACUUUCUUCGAACCGGCUGAAAGCGCAGUUCUUCCAAGACUGUCAGAUGGUGCAGCAGACACAGUAGACGGUAGAGGAUCGGGAGACAUAGCGGAAAGAAUGCAUUCCCAAGAAAGAUACACCGCACAGAGAGUAAGCAGUGGCUGGAGACGAGACGUCCCACGUGGCAGCUCAAGGCAGUUGGCGAAAGUAGGGAAGAGCAAGAUAUCAAAUUGUUUAGAUAAUCUCCUCGACAACUCAGACAGGAGACAGUAUGGAAUGGGUUGGGUAGGACGUAUGUUUGGGAGGACCUUCAAAAAAUCAGUAGUCUACGAUGAAACAAUACAGGAUCAACUAGACGAUUUGGAAGAUCAUAGGCCCAUGUUCACAUAUUGGGUUACCAUAGUCCAAAUAUUGGUGCUAUUCAUUUCCUUAGUUUGUUAUGGUUUCGGACCUUUCGGUAUAGAUCUUCAGUCGAGAUCUGGACAGGUGUUAGUUACAAGUCUCUCACUGCAACAGGUUGACUAUCUGGAACCAGCAACCUUCUGGUUUGGACCAAGAGCGGCAGAUCUCAUACAUUUAGGAGCGAAAUUUGCACCAUGCAUGAGGGUGGACGCAGAAAUAAGUCAAGAAAUCGAGAAAAUACGAACAAUAGAAAGAGAAACCGCUUGCUGCAUAAGAAAUGAUGAUUCUGGAUGUGUACAGUCGUCCAAAGCUGAUUGUUCUCUUCGAGGACUGAAGCCAACGGUAGGUCCAGAAGUAUCAGUGCGUUUCUUGAAUCACAGCCUAACACAUAAACACCAAUUCUUACAGGAAACAAUAUCGACUUGGAAGAAAUGGUCAGAUAAAAAUUAUGGCCCAGGUGGCCGUAUAUCUGGCUCUGUGUGUGGACUCGAUCCAAAGUUUUGCGAUGCUCCUGCUAGCGUGCAUCCUUACGAAUGGCCUGACGAUAUCACCAAAUGGCCGAUUUGUCGGAAGACGAAUGCCUCCAAGCAGAACAGGACCAGAAUGGACACCACUGGUAGAGACAAACAUCUAGAACACAUGGUCUGUGAAAUCAUUGGACAUCCUUGUUGUAUAGGAAUCCACGGUCAAUGCAAAAUAACAACGAAGGAAUAUUGUGACUUUGUCAGGGGUAAUUUUCAUGAGGAAGCGUCUUUGUGUUCCCAGGUUUCGUGCCUGAAUGACGUUUGCGGUAUGCUCCCCUUCUACUUUCCUGAAACUCCAGACCAGUUCUACCGACUCUGGACUUCAAUAUUUCUACAUGCAGGCGUUUUGCAGUUGGCUCUUACUGUUGUCAUCCAGUAUUUUCUCAUGAGAGAUUUGGAAAAGCUCACGGGAAGUUUGAGAAUAUGCCUGAUUUACAUGGGAUCAGGAGUUGCUGGGAACUUAGCUAGUGCUAUUUUUGUACCAUAUAGAGCUGACGUUGGUCCAGCGGGCUCACAAUUCGGCCUUCUGGCCUGUCUCAUCGUGGAAGUCAUCAACGUUUGGCCGAUGCUGAAGCACCCAAGACGCGCGUUGGGCAAACUCCUAGGCAUCACCUUCGUUCUCUUCCUCGUCGGUCUCCUACCCUGGGUGGACAACUACGCCCACCUCUUCGGUUUCGCGUUCGGAUUUCUCCUCUCCUACGCCCUCUUGCCCUUCAUUUCCUUCGGUUCGUACGAGAGACAGAAGAAGAUAAUACUCAUAUGGGUCUGUCUCCUCUCCGGGGGCAUCCUCUUCAUCUUCCUGGUGAUCUUGUUUUAUAUCACGCCCGUCUAUAACUGUAAGAUAUGUUCGUACUUCAAUUGUUUGCCGUUGACUAGAGACUUCUGCGCCUCCCAGAAUAUCAAUUUCAAGCGCGAGGAACCCAUAGUAUGACAAAAGAGUUUACGGUACAUUACCGUAAUUGUUUUCAUUCUAUUCGAUCACUUGAGUCAAAACACAGAUGCGGGUCAUAUAAGACGUUGAAAAAUCUUCGAUUACCUUCGAUCGAAUUUGGAUUAUUUGCAAAUUUUAAGAGGGUACACCACCACGUGGUAUGUCAAUAUUUUCCCAAAGAGGAGGGACAAAAAUAAUGCGCGUAUUUGCUGGACUAAUUGAAUGACCAGCAAACGGGGUCCCAGGGGGGUCAUGACCUCCCUCAAAAAUUGGAACCACCUAACACUCAAUAUGCGUUUCAAGCAGACAAUGUACGAAAUGGUCCCAUAAAAAAACUUGAAGCCCAUAACGGCGACCCCCCCAAAAUUUAAGGCUAGAACCGCCUUUGAUGAUCAAUAGAAGUUAGGAAUAUUACGUUAAUUCCAACUCUCGUCGAUAUCGAGCAUUUUUAUAGUAUUAAACAAAACUAUAAAUUUGCCCCUUUUGUGAGGAUUUUUUUCACGAAUAUUUUCCAAAUAUAUCAGAGCUAUUUCCUUGCGGAAAACGAAAAGUAAUUAUUUUUUUUUUAAUGAUGAAUUGAAAAUAUUGCAAUGUAGAUUAUUGUUCACAGAAAUUAUGUUGAACCCCCCCAUAAAAAUCGGUUAUUUGUAUGAAGAAAUAUCUCUAAUUUCGUUUUGAACUGAGCAGUCAUGUGGUGGUGGUCUCUCUUAAUGAUCAACACAAGUAAUUCUCAUUUUGAACAAGGAUUUGACUUUGAAAGAACAAGCGAUGGAUUUUGAGUAAAAAUUAAUGAGAGAUAAAAAUGUUCAUCAGCAACAUAAAAACAAUAUAAAAAAAAUUAAAAAGAAAAAUGAAUCAUGAAAGAAUAUACAAUGAAACAACAUCAAUACAUUAAUGUCCUUCAACAAUAUUCCUCAUAAUUGAUAAAUUUAUGUAUUGAAUUUCGGAAAACCUCAAUUUCCACUUGUUGAAUGAUACUAAUAAUUCGAGUCAUAGCCUGCUAUUGGGAAAAAGUUCAUCAUGUUACUUUUUUGUUAGAACAAGACGGAAAUCUAUUCCUAUCAAUAUUUUCGAUUGAACUAAAGUUUAUUGAUAUUUCAAUGUCUUUAUGACCCGAUUGUUGUCCACCAAUUUGCCGUAAUGAAGGUGAGUUUUUGAUUUGUGUAUUUCGACAUUACUCUGUUAAAUCCAAGUGAAAAUUAAAAUUCUCUUUCAAAAUUAAUAUAUCAGAUACUAAAAGAAGCUUCGCAAGAACCUUUCGAAAAGAAAAAACGAUAUAUCUCAAAUAUUCAUAUCUAUUGAUUCUUCUGCAAUAUCAAAAUCUUUUGCUGUUUUUUUAAAGUACGAAAAAGACUCCUGGUUUGUGAAUCAGUGCCGGUUUGAGGUCUUUUUAAGCCCUAAUCAAAAAAAAAAUUGAUUUGAAUAUUCAAUUUUAUUAUAAAAAUAAAUAUCAAAUUAAAAAGAAGAGUUUUCGCAUGAAAAAUUAUGAAAUUUGAAAAUCUAAUAUCACUUAAAGCAAAAUUGAGACUCAACAUUCUUUUUCGCGACAAACUGAUGUAUUAUUAUUGAGUCACAAUUUAGUUUUUUCACUGCACUAUAUUUUAUGAAUGAAAGUGAUAGUUCAUUGAGAGCCGAUAGGAUAAUUCACAUGACGCAUUUGAAAUAGUAUUUGAAAAAGGUGUUUUGGCCUUCUGCACGACCUCAAACUUUUCAUGAAUCUUGUUUUUUUUAAUUUGUUUAAAUUCUUGCGAUUUGAGAAUUAAUACUUUCAUUCUUUAAAUGUUUUUUCGGUUCGUCGAUACAAUUUUCAAAUACUAGGAUAUUUAUGAUUAGAUUGCGGCUACUCUUAGGAUUUUGUAUGAUUCUUAGAAACUCAGACAGGAGAUCCCCAUAAUAUACAUAAUAUACUUUCUCUAACUGAUGAAAUACUAGAAAUACCGGCAUUGAAAAGAAUUUUUCUCUAAUUCUGUGAUUAUUCCGUUCAUUCUUCCCAUCUUGUAGAACAAAAUUGUGCGAGAAUAUAUCAGAAACGCACAGUUUUCAUGGUUAUAUUUCAUUAUUAUAUGUUGGUACU